AUGGAGAUGAGCAACGCCGCUCGUCUUCUCCUCUUCUCCGCUUUCUGUCUUUGCUUCUGCUCCUUCACGAACCGCCGAGUCGCGUUGGCGCAGAGAACGGCCCCGACGCCGGUCCAUGUUGGGGUAAUUCUCAACCUAGACAAGGAGUCUCUGGUGGCCAGGAUGUGCAACGUGAGCCUGGCAAUGGCGGUGGAAGACUUCUACAGCUCUCGCAGCAGUUUCAGGACGAGGCUGGUUCUCCACACCAGGAAUUCCCACGACGACGUCGUCGGCGCUGCGUCUGCCGGUAUGCCGAGAACUUACUCCUUGACUAGCCCGAAUCUCCAUCAUUCUUCUUGGGUUUAUGAAACUGCUUAUUCUGUAUUCUGCCCUUCUUCUCCCACAACCCUCCUGAUGGUCGUCUCCCGCGUGGUAAUCGAACCUCUGCUCUGUGUGAGAGAAAGAUCGUCAAUAGGGGAUAUUGGGAAGAAACAAAGCCAAGGCCACGGCACAAUUCUUCUUAGAAUCCUCCCACUGUUCAUCCAGUGUUCGAUCGGAAUCCGGCAGGAGUUCCAUGCAGUCCGUUCCUUCCAAUCCCUCUCUGGUUUCUUUCAAAGCAACCCCCUCCAUUCUGACGACUCAGAUGCUUAUUCUCCGGCCCCUCGGAUCGUAAAAGCACACGAUUGGUUUCCUGACGAGUUUGACCGAUUCAGACAUCCAUAAGGCAAGAAAGGAUUGACUGGGGCGGGACGCGUAGCCUCUGUAUAUUUAAUGUUGUUGACUGGACUAGCUAGCAGCUAGAAUGGUGGGUCUGGCACAUGGACCACAUCUGUCACCGAUGUCAGUAGACCAAUUAAGUCCGAUCGUCGACAGGGCCUGAUUCAUUCUGACUUGGUCCGUAUCCCCUCUCUUUCCCCAACUCUCCCCCAUCUCCAUCUCCCCCUCGCCCCUCGUCAGUCUGAAGUUCCAUGGACAGUCCAUGGCAGCCCUCUCACACCUUGUAGGUCGGCAUCAACCGCCUUCUCCCCGAUUGGAUUCACAGUUAACGGAGCUCGACCUCUCUGUGAUGCAGCCCUGGACCUGAUAAAGAACACACGAGUGCACGCGAUCAUAGGGCCGCUUACGUCGGUGCAAACAGCUUUCGUCCUCGACCUCGGCAAUAAGACCCGCGUCCCCAUCGUCUCCUUCUCGGCGUCAAGCCCUUCUCUGUCGCCGUCCCGUUCGCCGUACUUCGUCCGGACGACGCUCAACAGCUCCUGCCAUGUGAACGCCAUCGCCUCCAUCGCGAAGGCCUUCGGGUGGAGGGAAGUCGUCCCCAUCUACGAGGAUACCGAGUACGGCACCAGCUUCCUCCCUUACCUCGUCGACGCUCUUCUAGGCGUCGACACCCGGGUGACAAAACGUAGCGCGAUCCCCCCUUCGGCUCGCGACAACCACAUCGUCGAAGAAUUAAAACGUCUGAAUUGCUCGCGGACCAGGGUUUUUGUAGUGCACAUGCUGCCGGAACUCGGCUCUCGCCUCUUCUUGAAGGCGAAGGAGCUGGGGAUGAUGGCCAAGGGGUACGUGUGGAUCACCACAGACGUGAUGACGGACUUGGUAGGAACCAUGGAUCCCUCGGUUGUAGAGGCCAUGAAGGGGGUGAUCGGUUUGAAGCCGUAUGUGCUAGAGACGGAGGAGCUCCGCAACUUCACCGCGAGGUGGAAGAUGAGGUUCAAACGCGAGAACCCCAAGGCUGCCAACGUCUCCGAGAUCAGCAUUUACGCUCUGUGGGCGUAUGACACGGCCUGGGCGAUGGCGUUGGCUGUGGAGAAGGAGGGGCUCACAGAAUACUCCAGCUUCCGAAAACCGGUCGCUGGGGGAAGCCAAAUAACCGACCUGACCUCCCUGGGGGUCUCUCUGACGGGCCCUCGUCUUCUGGACGCACUGUUGAAGACAAGAUUUAGGAAGCUGAGCGGUGAAUUCCGGCUGGUGGAAGGGCAGCUACAGUCCUCGAUAUUUCAAUUGGUCAACGUCGUCGGAGGCAAGGCAAGGGAAGUCGGCUUCUGGACACCAACCCACGGAGUCCAGCUGAACUCGACAACCAACACCUCGAUUUCGGACUUGGGAACGGCUCUGUCUGACGUGGUCUGGCCGGGUGGUUCCAGACUUCCCCCGAAGGGAUGGCAGAUCCCGACUUGGGGAAAGAAACUGCGGAUCGCCGUCCCGACCAAGGCGGGGUUCAAGGAGUUCGUCAGCGUCGACGGAAACAACGUGACGGGCUUCAGUAUCGACGUGUUCGACGCUGUGAUGAGGUGGCUGAACCGCUCCGAUACUUACGUUUAUACGCCCAAGGACGCUCAAGGAGAAAACGGAGAUUAUGAUGAGCUUGUGGAGCUUAUCUACAGAGAGGUAAGGAGCCUAACUAGAGUUGAAUACCAUAUGAUUAAUGUGAAGCUAUGUCACAGCACCAAUCCGUCAGUCAAAACACCACCAUUGGAUUGAUAGACUGACCCACCAUGGCCUUGGAACAGGAAGUCGAUGCUGUCGUCGGGGACUUGACGAUCGUGGCGAACAGAUCGCAGUACGCAGACUUCACGCUGCCCUACACGGAGUCGGGGGUGUGGAUGAUCGUCCCCAUCAAGAAGAACAAUAACAGGAACCCCUGGGUAUUCUUGAAGCCGCUGACGACGGACCUGUGGCUGGGGAGCAUGUCUUUUUUCUUCUUCACGGGGUUCGUGGUGUGGGUGAUCGAGCACAGGAUAAACAAUGACUUCAGAGGCCCCCCCGCUCAGCAGAUGGGGACCAUCUUCUACUUCGCCUUCUCCACCAUGGUCUACGCUCACAGUUCCGUCUGAGGCCCCUGGAUCCUUUUGUUUUCGUUGCAACGUUUUCGCGAUGCGCCUAACGUGGUCUUGUGAUCUCUUGGUCUCUUGGAUUGAAACAGGGGAAAGAGUGGAGAGUAACCUCUCCCGCUUCGUCGUGACCGUAUGGGUCUUCGUCGUCCUCAUUCUAACAUCCAGUUACACGGCCAGCCUGACGUCUAUGCUCACGGUGCAACAGCUCCAACCGACGUUAGCUAGCGUCAACGAGCUCCGGAAGAACGGAGACUUCAUCGGGUACCAGGACGGCUCCUUCCUGAAGGGACUCUUGCUACGGGAGAACUUCGACGAGUCCAAGCUGAAGCCAUACGGAAACGUAUCCCAGUACGCCGACGCCCUUUCCAAAGGUAGCCAUAACGGAGGGGUGUCAGCUAUAUUCGACGAGAUCCCUUACAUUAGAAUCUUCUUGGCGGAGCACUGCUCCGACUACAUGACGAUCGGGCCAAUCUACAAGACCGAUGGAUUCGGAUUUGUGAGUACUGACUGCUUCUCCGUUCCCUUCACUUCUUCCCCGUCUUCAUAGUCUGAUGCCAAUCCUCAAUUUACCUUCGUUCCACAUCAACAGGCGUUCGCCAGAGGGUCUCCUCUGGUGCCCGACAUUUCGAGGGCGAUCUUAAACAUAACAGAGGGAGACAAGCUGCGGGAUAUAGAGUCGAAGAACCUGGAGAAGAAGUCUAACUGUAAAGACAAAGCUGACGCGAUUAACUCCAGCAGGCUCUCCUUCAGCAGCUUCUCGGGCCUCUUCCUCAUCACCGGUGCCGUCUCCAUCCUAUGUCUCCUAAUAUUCUCCGCCACCUUCGUGUAUAAAAACUGGGGCGAACUGAAGCCUGCGGCUUCGAGGGGCUCCAUCUGGAACAAAAUGGUGGCCUGGGGGAAAUAUUUCGACCAGAAAGACCUCAGCUCUCAUGCUUUCAGAGGGGAGAAUGGAACUAAGAAGGGGUGCGACUGCGAGAGCCAUCGCGCCGCCACGGAGACGUCCGCAUUGACAGGCGGGUCUCAGAGCCCCUUGAGCAUCUCCGUCCACUCUUCCAUUGCCGAGGCUCCGCCGGAGGAAGGGAGGCCCUCCACCUCAUCAGAGCUGGGAACAACCGACCCCCCGCCGGAGGCCGCAACCCCGGAAGGUGCCCAGAUGGGAGUAGGCAGCGAUAUUAUGCUUUGCCAUCCUACGGUAAGAAGAGAAUAA